CGUGACGUGACGUGGCGUGCGUGGCGACGCUGCUGCUGCUGCUGCUUCCGCCUGCUGCUGCUGCUGCUGGGAGACGUGGCUCGGCGCCGCCAUCUUGUGUGGCUCCCAGAGCGGCCGCCCAGCCAGACCAGACGCCGCCGCCAUGGUGCUCUUGGCCUCCGCCGUCUGCACGAAGGCCGGGAAGGCGAUCGUCUCGCGCCAGUUCGUGGAGAUGACGCGGACGCGCAUCGAGGGGCUGCUGGCGGCCUUCCCCAAGCUGAUGAACACGGGCAAGCAGCACACCUUCGUGGAGACGGAGAGCGUGCGCUACGUCUACCAGCCGCUGGAGAAGCUCUACAUGGUGCUGAUCACCACCAAGAACAGCAACAUCCUGGAGGACCUGGAGACGCUGCGGCUCUUCUCCCGGGUGAUCCCUGAGUACUGUAGAGCCCUGGAAGAGAACGAGAUCUCUGAGCACUGCUUUGAUCUGAUAUUUGCCUUCGACGAGAUCGUUGCCCUUGGCUACCGGGAGAACGUCAACCUGGCCCAGAUCCGCACCUUUACAGAAAUGGACUCCCAUGAGGAGAAAGUCUUCCGAGCUGUCCGUGAGACACAAGAGCGGGAGGCCAAGGCGGAGAUGCGCCGGAAAGCCAAGGAGCUGCAGCAGGCACGCAGGGAUGCAGAGCGCCGGGGCACGAAAGCACCGGGCUUUGGUGGCUUUGGCAGCUCGGCGGUGUCAGGGGGCACCACGGCUGCGAUGAUCACAGAAACUAUCAUUGAGACGGAGAAGCCCAAAGUGGCUCCAGUCCCCACGAGGCCGUCAGGUUCCAACAAGGCACUCAAGCUUGGUGCCAAAGGGAAGGAAGUGGACAACUUUGUGGACAAGCUGAAGUCUGAAGGAGAACACAUUGUCGCCUCUUCUGUGGGCAAGCGGUCCUCGGAAGCGGCCACCAUCCUUACUCCGCCCAUGAACAUGGAGAGUGUGCACAUGAAGGUCGAUGAGAAGAUCUCGCUGACCUGUGGCCGAGAUGGGGGGCUGCAGAACAUGGAGCUGCACGGCAUGAUCAUGCUGCGGAUCCUGGAUGAAAAGUUUGCUCGGAUCCGCAUCCAUGUGGAGAAUGAAGACAAGAAGGGGGUGCAGCUCCAGACUCAUCCCAAUGUUGACAAGAAGCUUUUUACAACAGAGUCCCUGAUUGGCCUAAAGAACCCCGAGAAGUCUUUCCCCAUAAAUAGUGAUGUAGGGGUGCUGAAAUGGCGGCUGCAGACCACCGAGGAGUCGCUCAUUCCGCUGACCAUUAACUGCUGGCCUUCGGAGAGCGGGAGCGGCUGUGACGUCAACAUUGAAUAUGAGUUGCAGGAGGAGAGCUUGGAGUUGAAUGAUGUGGUGAUCACCAUCCCCUUGCCGUCUGGCGUGGGCGCUCCUGUGAUUGGGGAGAUUGAUGGCGAGUAUCGGCACGACGGCCGGAGGAACCUUCUCGAGUGGUGCCUGCCUGUGAUAGAUGCCAAAAACAAAAGCGGCAGCCUGGAGUUCAGCAUCGCUGGGCAGCCCAGUGACUUCUUCCCUGUGCACGUCUCCUUCGUCUCCAAGAAGAACUACUGCAGCAUCCAGGUUACCAAAGUGACCCAAGUGGAUGGGAACAGCCCCGUGAGAUUCUCCACAGAGACCACUUUCCUCGUGGACAAGUACGAGAUCCUGUAGGCUUUGCUGUUGGGAAGCUGCAAGGAAGACUUUGAGGCUGUGGCUUCUCGUGAAAGGGCUGCGGCCCUCCCCGUCUUGAGGGACUCAGACACAUCGGGUUGCCCACCUGCAUUUCCGAGGUCCCAGCCGGGCAAGCAGGCAGGGAGAGGCCGCUUGCUUCUCUGGCACCCCCCGCCCCCCCCGGCCAGGCUGGCUCCUUCUCCCUGAUCCUUGGGCUCUCUGCCUGUGCUUGAUUUCACCAGGGCCCCUCCCCUGUCCCCAUGGCCCUUCUCUUCUGCUGCUGCCAGGAGGUGCUGGUGGUCCUGGCGUGCGGCAUCAGUGGGGGUGACCGGCCAUCAUGGACCCCUAGUAAGCUGAACAGUUAACCCCUUUGCUGGCCUAGCUGUGGGCUCUCCCUGCCAUGAUGCUGUCAAGCACUCCUCAGGACAUGGGUUGGCGGGUGGGGCAGCUGGGUCAUCUGUGGAGCUCCGUGCCUGACUUGGCCCAGUUCUGGGCUCCUCCCGGAAGACUCUUCCACCACUCUGCUGCAGCCACUGCCCCCCACCCUUUCCCCCUUGACCAAUUGUCUCUGGUGCUCCCUUCUGGAAGCCCCCUCAAAAUUCCCGGGAGUGGGGCUGGCAGUUUUAGAUUGUCACCAGUGGCUUUUGGGGGGUGCCAGAGUUUUGCCCACCCACUAACCAAGUCACCAGCCUCUUUUCUGGUGUGUCCUGGGCCAAGGGGAGGGAGGACACACCUGUCCUGUAGGUAGGUAGUAGCCACGACCUGUAGGGAGCCAGCUGGGUUCAAGACUUGUCUGACUUUUAACAUGCGUUUAGUUCCACCAUCAGAGGAGGCUUUUGUUCCCCGUCUGUGUGGAGGGGAGGGGCUGAUAUUUAAAGAAAGUUUUGUCACCCUGUCAAAUAAUGAUCUAGGGCCUAUAACACAUUCCAGUGUACACAAAGGACCCCUCCCCAGUCCCCGAAUCAAAUAAAAUGUAUUCUGAAAGGAGA